CUUUUUUUUUUCUCUUCUUUUUCUUCCUCCACGACUCUUUACUAAUUACAAUACAAUUUUCCAUUCGGUUUCCUAGAAAAUUAGGGCUAAGAAAAAAUGAAUAGAAAAGGAGAAUUUAAAUAUUUGAUCUUCAAAGCUAGAUUUAGAGCCUUUGCUUUCAUAUUCUCUGCCAUAUUAAUAUUGUCGCAAAUGUCUUACUCCAAUUACUACAAACCCAUCUCAGCUAUUGGAUGGAUGAGAACAUUGUCUAAAUCUGCAUCAAGAGCGUAAUGGAGAGCUCAACUAAUCAAACAUUUGAUUCAGAUGACAGCGAAAGGUGUUUUCAAGAUUAUGAUGGGCCUGAAUUUGCAGAUGAUCUCUCGAAAAAUAUCGAUUUAUGUUUUGGCGAAGUUGACAAGAUCAUAGAGCAAUCUAAUGAAAAUUUGCUUUCAAUGAGUGAUGUUGUGGAACCAUAUAUUGGCAUGGAGUUCAAGUCAAGAGAUGAUGCUCGGGAAUUUUAUAUUGCUUAUGGCAGGCGUACAGGGUUUACUGUUCGCAUCCAUCAUAACCGGCGGUCUCGAGUAAAUAACAUGGUUAUUGGUCAGGAUUUUGUUUGCUCUAAAGAAGGUUUUCGUGAAAAGAAAUACAUGUACAGGAAAGAUAGAGUUCUUCCACCCCCACCGAUAACCCGAGAAGGAUGUCAUGCAAUGUUGAGGCUAGCUUUAAGGGAUGGAGAUAAAUGGGUCGUAACCAAAUUUGUAAAAGAACACAAUCACACAUUAAUGUCUCCUAGUAAAGUACCAUGGCGAGGAUCUGCAAAAAAUUUGGUUAGUGAGUAUGAGAAGGAUCGGAGGAUACGAGAACUAACCAUUGAGCUCAACAGUGAGAAACAGCGAUGUAAACGUCAGUGUGCUGCUUACCAGGAACAACUGCACAUGGUUUUGGCUUUUAUUGAGGAGCAUACUAAUCACUUGUCAAGUAAAGUUCAGGAUAUUGUUAACAAUGUAAAAGAACUUGAAAAUGAGCUGCUGGAAGAUUCUGAUUGCAAAUAUGUCUAGAGCAGAUUGUACAUUUGUUUUCCUUUUAUAGGCGUCCAUACAACUCCGGUUUCUUUCUCUCUCUUUUUUGUCCCUAUCCAAAUUUAACUUUUGGUCA